AUGUCUCGCAAGAAGACGGUGAAAGGCAAGGCGGCGAGCAGCAGCCCGUCUGCGGGCAGUCCCUCCGGGAAGGGGGCCGGGAAGGCAGCGAGGAGCAGCCCGGGGAUCGUGCAGAUGAACGGCGUGGUCCAUCCCAGCAGACCCUCCAUCAGCAACAGCAGCGAGUUUUACGACAUCGCUUUCAAGGUGAUGCUGGUUGGAGACUCUGGUGUGGGGAAAACCUGUCUGCUGGUCCGAUUCAAAGAUGGAGCUUUUCUGGCCGGCAGCUUCAUCUCCACUGUGGGCAUUGACUUUAGGAAUAAAGUCCUGAGCAUCGACGGAGUCAAGGUGAAGCUGCAGAUCUGGGACACAGCUGGACAGGAGCGGUUUCGCAGUGUCACUCAUGCUUACUACCGUGAUGCCCAUGCUCUUCUUCUGCUGUACGACGUCACCAACAAGACAUCGUUUGACAACAUACAGGCAUGGCUGACAGAGAUCCAUGAAUACGCCCAGCAGGACGUGGUGCUCAUGCUGCUGGGAAACAAGGCUGAUUCCACCCAUGACAGAGUGGUGAAGCGGGAGGACGGUGAGAGACUUGCCAAGGAAUUUGGAGUUCCCUUCAUGGAGACCAGUGCUAGAUCAGGUCUCAACGUGGAGCUGGCGUUCACAGCGGUGGCCAAGGAGCUGAAGCACAGGUCCAUGAAGGAUCCCAACGAGAAGUUCAAGCUCCAGGAAUACGUGAACAAGGAGAUGAAGGGUGCCGGCUGCUGCAGGACUUAAAUACCUGCUUUGGUCACCCGUUUGAUCCGUAAUACCUGUGUGUGCGUGUGUGCAUCACUCAUUUGCAUGUGUUCACUUCCACGGCCAGAUGUGGGGAGUCAGCUCCAGCGAGGUAUAAACCCUGUCACAUUUCAGCUUCUCCACCUUCAAAUCGCUUUGUCAAACUGCAUAAAACCUUCAUCCAGCUCCUCUCUUCCUGCUUUUCACUUUCAUUCUGUAGCUGUGAAUGAUGUUGCCCAAGGUUAUAAUUUGCAAAAA